AUGUCCCGCGGGGGCAGUGCUCCAAGCGUGAUGAUGCAGAUAGCGCCGGACGGAGGGUCCAGGCCAGACUCUGGUGGCCAGUCUCCAGGAAUGUCAGGAAUGGGAUCUGGUCAGGCCUCUGCCGAGGAGGACCGAAGGUUCGUCCUCAAAGAAGGCCUUCGUAUCGGUGAAACUUAUUAUUUGUUGGAGAUGUCCACCGAUGGCCGAACCCUGAACGUCUCAGCCUAUGACGGGGAGACCAAGACUUCUUUGGAGCUCAUCGUCAAAGAGAAGGUCCACCGCUCUCUCUACCGGGAGUGCAAUGGUGACUAUGCGCAAAUCGCCGCAAUGCUGCGAGUCGAGGGCAACCGCUUGGUGCUGGACAACCCUCUUGCUCAGCAGCAGUGA